UUCGUCGUCCAAGCCCCCUUUUUCCGGAUGCGCUGAAACUGCAUUGUGACGUCUGUUGAAUAAGUAUCUUUAGCCAGUGUUAGCAAAACAAAUCGUCUCCGUUUGAGUUUAAUUUGUGUCGUUCAAAGAAGGAAAUUCAACAAACCCCAAGCAAAAAUGGCUAUGCAAGCUGCGAAACGUGCCAAUAUUCGAUUACCUCCAGAAGUCAACAGAAUACUCUACAUUCGAAAUCUACCGUAUAAAAUCACAGCGGAAGAAAUGUACGACAUAUUUGGAAAGUAUGGACCAAUAAGGCAAAUCCGAGUUGGGAACACGCCAGAGAGCAGAGGAACAGCAUAUGUGGUCUACGAAGACAUAUUUGACGCAAAGAACGCCUGCGAUCACUUGUCUGGCUUCAAUGUCUGCAACCGGUAUCUCGUGGUCUUGUACUACAAUGCUAACAGGGCUUUCCAAAAAAUGGACACCAAGAAAAAGGAGGAACAGUUGAAACUCCUCAAGGAAAAAUAUGGCAUCAACACCGACCCACCAAAAUAGAUGUUUUGUUAAAUAGAAAGAUCCAUGUGUACAUCAUUUUUCUUAAAACUUCGGUGAUUUUGAUUAAAUUUGAGUGAUUUUGCCUCUCCCCCCCCCCCCCCCAUCGUAUUUACAAUGAUCUACUUUGUAUAAUACAUUUACAUUAUUUUGCAUCUUUUUAUACACUGUAAGACAGUGUGUAUGUAUGGUUAAUUUGUUCAGUCUGUGCAUUUGCAACAUUAAAAUGACAGUUUUUGUAA